UUCACGUCAGUUUUGAACUCUCCGAUCUCCACGCGUUUUUCCUCGUCUCCGUCGUCGUUAGGGUUUUCCGGCGAUUCUUUGCCAUUUCUUCCUUGGUUUUCCGGCGACUUUACUCACCAGAAUUUGCGCGCAUUGCACUUUAAAAAUGGCAUGUUCUGAGAUUGACAUGCUGAGUGAUGAAUCUUUGGAGGAGGACAUCUAUUCUGACUCCUCUGACUUUUACGUUGCUAUUAAACCUCAGGGUGGUGGGAUUGACUCGUUAGCAGAGUUUGACUUGACGACUGCCGCUUAUAAGGUGGAGGAAGGGAACAAUGGUUCUAAAUAUCCUGUAGACAUCAUAAUGAGAGUGGACAUGACAAUCAAAGAUGUAGCGAAGAGACAUGUACUGCCUUUCCUCCCUGCUAAAUCACUGAUGAAGUUUCGGGCAGUGUCCAAAGAAUGGAAUCAGUGGAUAACUAGUCCAUUACUCGCGUACAAUCAAAGUUCAACAUUCCAGAAACUUUCAGGCUACUUUUAUCAAAGACUGGAAAAUAAAGAUGAUCCUCCUAUAUUUUUGUCUCUGCAUCGUUCCGCGAACGGAGUCCCGAGUCCUUCCCUUGGUUUCUUGCCUGAGGUUGUUAAAGUACUAAGUUCUAGCAGUGGGUUGCUCCUUUGUCAGGGGAAGGACAGUUAUUACGUUUGCAAUCCUGCAACCAAACACUGGAAAAAGCUUCCUCCUCCUCAAUAUUACCAUGGAUCUGAUCCUGCAGUUGCUCUUGCAUUUGAUCCUCAGUUUAAUAUUGAAUCAUUUUAUCGCGUGGUCGCUGCAGUCCCUGUUCUUGAUCAUCCAGUUGUCUGCUUUGAGAUUUACUGUUCUGAAUCAGAUUCAUGGAGGUGCUCUCCUUCAGACUGUCUAGAGCUGGAAAAUACAAGGCUUGCAGGUGGAGGAUCUUAUAUGAAGGGGGUGGCUUACUGGAGGAAUACAUCAUCGAAUGAAGUGUUAGCGUUCGAUGUGAAAAAUGAGAUUCCAGCAGUUUUACAUGUACCUAAUAUUCAAUCUGAACAACGUGGUGCCUUAACGCAGAUAGGAGAUGAGGUGUGCUAUGUUACUGCUUAUAAUGACAGUGGAAGUGUUUUCGUAAUAGACAUCUAUGGAGGUGUGGACAUGGGCCUGAAGCGCAGUGUCAGUGUAAAUCUUGGAAGCAAGAAGCCUCGUACUCAAGUGCUUGGAAUACCCAAGGAGGAGUGUUGUGAGGUACUACCCUGUACUGACAGUGAUACUGUGGUGAUCCACACAGACACAACGAUAUACUUUUAUCACCUUAGGGAGCAGAAGCUUGAGACACUGCAGAGUCCGGGACGAGUGGAUACUGAUAAGAGGUUCUUACCCUACAUAAACAGCCUCGUUACGGUACACAAUUCUGGAGAAUAAGAAGUAGUACCCUGUACUGAUACGACGAUAUACUCUUGUCACCUAAGGGAGCAGAACUGUGAGACACUGUGGAGUCCGGGACGAGUGGAUACUGAUAAGAGGUUCUCACCCUACAUAAAUAGCCUCGUUAUGUUACAAGGAUCUGGAGAAUAGGAAGUAGUGCCCUUGAUGAUAUUGUUUCAUUUGGACAAAGUAGUAUGAUUUGUUUUUGUCCUUCAUUCAUUUUACUUUCUUGCUGCUAGUUGUUAGUUUUGGUGCUUUUCAUUGUUACAUAAACAAGUGCAAAAUGUUGGAAUUGAAUAGUCAGAUUCUCUUUUGA